AUGGAAAUUAUAUUCAUCUUCUUUUUCUUUCUUUGUCUGUAUCUCUUCAAAUACCCCUUUCUUUCUUUCUUUCUUUCUUUCUUUCUUUCUUUCUUUCUUUCUUUCUUUCUUUCUUUCCUGCUUUCUUUCUUUCUUUCUUUCAUAAUGCUGCUUUCUUUCUUUCUUUCUUUCUUUCUUUCUUUCUUUCUUUCUUUCUUUCAUAAUGCUGCUUUCUUUCUUUCUUUCUUUCUUUCUUUCAUAAUGCUGCUUUCUUUCUUUCUUUCUUUCUUUCUUUCUUUCAUAAUGCUGCUUUCUUUCUUUCUUUCUUUCUUUCUUUCUUUCUUUCUUUCUUUCUUUCAUAAUGCUGCUUUCUUUCUUUCUUUCUUUCAUAAUGCUUCUGUCUUUCUUUCUUUCAAUCAAUCAAUAACACUUGAUUACUUCGCAGAAAAACAAAUAUGCACAUUAAACCCAUUAUAUUACAUCACCAUACAUUAUCUAUCUAUCUAUCUAUCUAUCUAUCUAUCUAUCUAUCUAUCACACGCAUUAGAAGAAAUUGUGUUGUUCGGACCUAUACCAGUUGUGCUCUGUCAUCUGUUGAGUCAGUAG